CCCAAACAAUAGCUUGCCAUAAUUUUCAUUCAUUGGGGUUUUUAUCAGAAGCACUUUCAUUCACUGAAUGGCUUCUUCAACUGAACAGCGGGUUCCCUGUUGUGAUUCUCAACAACCCCUGACUGAACCUGUGACACGUGAUGUGUCUCAUUGAUGUGACUCUAUUUACAGAUGAAGACAACACAUCUUUAGUGGUUCCAACACUUUUUCAAAAAAAUGACAGAUAUUUUCUCAAUUUUUUGCUAUUUUCUAUUUUCUUAAAAGAUCAUUAGCUAUUUUCUCGAUUUUAAUUACAAAACUCUAAACCAGAUAUGUUCAAUUUCAUCUCAAACUUGGUCCAGAUUUUGCAAAAUGGACUAACUGUUCUAUUCUUGCUUUCUACCACUUGCUGUGAAGCCAGGCCUGGCUGUUUGAGGCGAGCGAUAGCUCGCGCUCGCCUCCACGCUCCCCUCUCAACCUGAGGCGAGCUAUGAAUUGCUCUCCUAAACAGAACAUGAAGGGAGAAUUGCUCCCCUAAAAUUUCCAUUCAUUUGCCCUUUUCCUAUUCAGAGAAUCCUGAAAACUUACAAGGGUUAAUUGGUUUAUUUUUGUAACAGCAAUUUCUCCCGUCAUUGCAUUUUUUGCAAUUAACUUUUUGCUUGUUAGGCGGUUUUUGUUAUGAUAAGCAUAAACUUAGAUCUAUUUGGAAAAAGAUAGUUAACCGAAAGGUACAUUUGUAGCGAUUAGAACCUUUCAAUCUUAAGAAAACAGGAAUAUUUUUGGAAGGAAAGUCGAAGAAAUUGGUAGGAAUUGUAGAUUGGGGAUAUAAUAAGACAGCAGGUCCCUUCCAGCAAUAGAAACAAAACUAUGCCUCAAAGAGAACAAGGUACUCUGUCUUGCAGAUCAAAAACGACAACCAAAACAUGGAAUUCCACUAUCCAGCGGCAUUUACUGAAAAACCCAGAUUGGGUGAAAACUAUAACAGCAACAUGUUUGGCAUUAUUGGCAAAGCCUGAUCAUCGUUCCAUCUAGCAGUUUGUGAAUCUAUCUACUAUAUAAACAUGACCAACCGCUUUUGUGUAGACAUAAGUGAGUUCGUUUUCACCAUAGGACUCCGUUGGUAACAUUUUCAAUAGGAAAGCGGCACUGAUUGGACAACCUCAACAGUCAUGUGCUCGCGUUUUCUGAUUGGCCUAUUUUGAUCCAAAACUGGGUAUUUUGUCAUACAGUUUUCCAUCUAUCUUCUGACUUUCUAUACUCUGAAGAGUGCUAGACGAAUAGCUUAAGUUUGUUUCAAAAUUUGUUUUUCAAAGCCAUUUUCAAAUUCUGCACAACAAAAUAAUUGUUUGGCAAGAGAAUUGUUGUUUUUGUGUUGUGCCAGCUUUACAUGAAACUGAAAGAGUCUGUUCUUUUAAAUACUUCAAGUAAAGGGGGUGCCUAAUUCAUGGUUAAAGCAAAUACAGAUUGAAAGAAGUAAAACAGCAUACUCCUGACUGAGGCUAUUAAAGGCAACCAACAGAUACUAAAGGGGCUUAAGUCAUUUGUUGAUUAUCUUUAAAGUAUAUUCUAUGUGUUACUGAUUUUGCUCGCCUCAGCAAAUGAGGGGAGCGAUUCACAGCUCACCUAUAAAAAUACAAACGGCCAGGCCUGGAGAAGCCCCCGGUUCAGCAAAUCAAUUUCAAUUGUUUUGUUGUCAUAUUCAAUUUUAUUGACAGAUGGCAACCCACCAAUGUCCAAUACGACGUCCUUUAACUUAAGGGUUUUAUGAUAAAAGAAAGCAAUUUGUAUUCUUCAAUUAGGUCCCCUGGCUUAGAAGAGGUUGCAGGCAGUGGACAGUCCUUCUGAGAUUUUGCAUACAUUAUUUCUUACCAGAUUAGUAUCCUGUUUUCCCCUGAUGCGAAGGAUAAUGUUCAUAAUGUCUUAGUUGAAUAAACAUUUUUUCUCAACAUAAACUCACAAGGGGUUAGUAAGAAUAGGCUGUUGAAGAACAGACACCAGAAGAUUUUGUUCAUUCCUAUCAAUUGACUUUGUUUAGGUAUCAUGUAAUAAUAAUAUUAAGAAUCUGCUCAUUUUUAUUUUCAUAUUUAGCUUUUUAGCCAAAAGCAAACCACCCACGGUCACAAUGCCAAGGAUAAAGGAGAAUCCCAAAGGGCAAGCUAUUUGUGGCAAUACUCACUGGUGCUAUCCCACAGUUCAUUGAUGUUGUAAUGAAUUUUGCAUCUGUCGAGCUCAAGCAAGAUAAUAUUGUAGCAAAGUUUUACAAGAAGAGAAAGAACAUUAUAUUCUUUGGGGAUGACACAUGGAUUAAAUUGCUCCCAAAGUGUUUCUUACGUCAAGAAGGUACCACAUCUUUUGUGGUCUCUGACUUCACCGAGGUUGACGAUAAUGUCACACGACAUUUGAAUGAGGAACUAUCACGCUUUGACUGGGAUGUUAUGAUAUUGCACUUCCUUGGACUGGAUCAUAUUGGCCACACAUUUGGUCCGUACCAUUCUCUGAUAGGCCCAAAAUUGUUAGAGAUGGACCAGGUAAUUGAAAAGAUAGUUGAGUCACUUGCUCAGAGGAACAGACGGUAUUCAGAGAAAAGUCUGUUUGUUUUGACAAGUGACCAUGGAAUGAAUGAUGCAGGUGGGCAUGGAGGAUCUACAACGGCUGAGACGAUAACUCCGCUUGUUUUUGCCAGUUCUCACUCGUUAAAAGGACAAGGAAAACCUUUUACAAGAAAAAUGGUGAAUCAGAUUGAUAUCGCAGCGACAAUUUCAUCGUUUUUUGACCUGGCAAUACCGGUUCAAAGCGUUGGUGCAUUGAUUGGUGAUCUUCUCAAAUUUCAUCCAAUUGAAGUUCAAAAGCAGAAAGUGAAAGAAAACAUAUGCCAACUUGCUGAGCAGACAGGUCAUAUUACUUUCAAUUCUGCAACUGCUGGUUCAAUACUGCAGUGUUGUAAUCGGAGGACAGAAUGCUUAAAGAACACAAGUCUAGUUGACCUAAAUAGGUUACUUCAGGAGCAAAGUGCUUUACUUCAAGCCCAGUUUUCUGGCUACCACCCUGAAAAAAUGUUCUUUGGAAUUGCCUUGCUUUUCUUUUCCUUCGUACUUUCAUGGUGGCAAUGGUUUAUUCCAAUUCUUUCAUCGUUUCCAAAACACUUCAGAUCAGGUUUAAAUUACUGGCUGUUGUUUGCAAUAGCUGUUCAUUCGUUGAGUAUGGCAUCAACAAGUUACAUUGAGGAAGAACAUCAGCUUUGGUACUUUCUUCUCACUACGUCAAUGCUAAUUCUACUCUUUUCUGGUACAGCAAACAUUAACAAAGGUCACACUACAGUUAGGGAAGGGUUCCAGUGUGUUUAUUUUUUAUUACUAUUGAGAAUUAUGCGAGGCUGGAACCAAACUGGAGUCAAAUGGCUAGGCCAGAAAGACAUUGCCCACUUACUCAGGGCAAAUGAAAGUAAACUUAAUAUUUUGAUUAUAAUUUUUAUUUCUUUAAUGUCAAUCUAUUAUGUGUAUUUUUGUUCGGCAAGAACUCUGGGGAAUGUACUUAAUGCUGUUGGCCUUAUUCUUGUUCUUUUCAAUAAGAGCAUUGGUCUCUUACAGUGGCAGCACCUUUUUGUGAAUGAAAAGACCGCAGCCAGAUUGGUUUUUGCAGUAUCUUUCUUUAUUGGCAUCAGACCGAUGGCGCAACUUGCUUUUAUGAAAGUAGCUGGUAGGCGUCAGAAAGAAUACGUGGAGAGUCCACAAGAGAGAAAAGGAGUGUUAGAUCAGCGAGUGAAAUACAUUUUAAGGAAUUCUUUAGAUUGGCUUAGAUUGCAGAUAGAUCUUCGAGCCUGGUUACAAAGUAAGUUGACUAGUAAGCAAGACUUGACAGAAGGAGAGUGCUACAGAGCCGAGCAAGGCCAUUUGCAUGCACUGUUGCUAAUUUACCUCCUUGUUCUGCGUCCUCACAACCUGGUUUGGAUGGGCAUAGUUGCAGCGGUUGAAACAACACUUUCUACAAUUGUUAAAAACCGGUUUGAUGCAAACUAUGACGUUCCAUUCAUAAUGACAAAUUUUGUGUUUGCAAGGGCUUGUUUUCAUGCACAGGGACUCUCCAAUGCACUCUCGAGCAUUGACGUAUCAACAGGCCUAACUGGCUUCAACCAUUACUCUCCAGUAUUUGCAUGUCUUCUCGUUUCGAUUGCCACUUACGGGAUUCACAUAUUUUGGGUUAAUGCUCUCGCUUGCCACAUAGCACCGAGCCAAUCUAAAGACUCUUUUACAUGGAAAGUUCGAAGCACAUACAAUGCUCUUCUCUCCUUUGAGAACGUCGUUUUCUGCGUCGUUAUAUAUUGUUGUCGAUAUCAUACAUUUAUCUGGACUGUUUUUGCACCUAAAUUUCUAUUUAUUGCAACACGCUAUAUCUUUAUUAUAACCUUAUUAUGGAUUUUGUAGUUAUUUUUCUAUACAAUUGAAAUGUAUUAUUCAUUUAGUUGAUCUGAAAUUUUAGUUAACUGUGACAACAGGCAAAGUAUAUUUACAAGAAUAUUAGUGCCUUUGCGCAUCAUCGGUUUAGCAAAAGGAGCCAUGACAGUUUUAGGGUGUCUCAAAUUUUUAGAAAUUGCGCUUUUUCAGGUUUUGAAACUCCAGUUAACCGUAAUAAAGUUAAAAUUUGAAUGGGCGAUAGGGAUCUAUUUAUAGAAUAGAGCAACCUAAAAAAUCCCGAAAGAUUCCCGUAGAACAAAUUCGAACAGAAUGUUUUAUUUUGAAAUCAUACUCUAAGCCAUAUUUAUUUCUAAAAAGGGAGAGUUGGGAAGAUUAGGAUUCACUGACCCGUGUAUUCGGCUAAGAGCAAAUAAAAUAAAAUCAAAAAGAGACCAAAUGCUUCCCCAUCGGCACAUUUGCCGCUGAUGCUGUUAACAGGAAAGUUUGUACGUAAGAUGAGACUGUACUCUAUCUACUAUCAGAAGGCUAUCUCUAUCUACCACUAUAGACAAGGACUGUGGGGGUCUUUUUAAAUAGGAUGCGCAAAUUUAUUCCCUCUCCACUAGAUUUUGCAUUUAUUAACGGCCUAAAGCUUGGAAUAUUGAUCGGAUUCAUCAGCUUAAACCAUUAUUAAGUAGAUCUGCAACAGGCA